UUUGCGUGGCGCGAGAGGCUGAGCGAUCGAGUGCGCGAGAGAAGUGCGCGAGCGUUGUUGUGCUCGCGCGGCUGAAUGUCGGGAUUGCGCUUCCCGUUUGACAAGAAGGAGGGGAAAGAAAAGGAAGAGAGAGAGAGAGAGAGAGAGAGAGAGAGAGAGAAGCAGAAGCAGAAGUACUCGCUCUCGCACGUCGCAUGACAGGGAUGCAGACCUCUGGACUCGGCUUGUCGACGGAAUAAAUGAGCGCGGCGGUGGACAGCAGUGACAGGGCCUCUGCGGUGUGGGCAUGUGACAACCAGGGAGAAUAAAGGGCUUGAACACCUGCUAACAUAUCAGUGGCGAAAGUAACUCCAAAACAGUCUUUACAUUCAUCUCUCUCUUCAAGCGCCAAACUAAUGAUACAAUGAUUAAUUUGGAUUGGGAGAUGAGCGUUUCGGCAUAGAAAAAGACAUCUGCUUUUCUUUGGCCCAGUCUGAUUACUUCAGCUGAUGAAUGAAUUUUUGACAUAAACCAGAAAAUACUUGUAGAUAUUUCAUAAGCCAUGUGCUACUUCUUUCGAGAUGUUUCUGUGGCAUGGCAAAUAAUGCUAAGGGGUCAGGUGGUCGCAAAGGCAUUAUUCCCAGUGUGUCCAUAAGGCUUCCUCCCAACAUUCUAUGGAGGCAGAGCAUAGCCAGCCGUCUGAUGGGGAACGAUCUGGUGGACGACAGCAAUCUCUGUCUGAAUCUUCACACAGGGGUACAUUUGCUCAGACACAGGAACAGGCUACCUCUGUACCAAUCCAUGGAUCACAUGGCCGGCAUCACAGAAGGCAGCCAAAACGGCGUGAUUUGCUCCAGAGGCAGCAGCAACAGCAGUCUCAGAUGGGGGAAGCUUGGCAUUUACAAGAUGUUCCAGGCCCCUCUGGCGGCAGCUACACUUCUUCAUCUCUUGAAUCCUCUACCCAAGUCCCUCACCUUCAGGGUGUUCCAUCUUGCCCCAGUCAGGAAUUCCAAGAAGGCACCACAUCUAGAAGGGAGCGAAAGCCCCAAAAGCCAGGGAAGUAUGUGUGCUCAUACUGUGGAAGGCCAUGUGCAAAACCCAGUGUCCUCCAAAAACAUAUCCGUUCCCACACAGGAGAAAGACCCUAUCCUUGUGUCCCUUGUAGUUUUUCAUUUAAGACUAAAAGUAACCUGUACAAACAUCGUAAAUCCCACGCCCAUCGAAUAAAAGCCAGCUUGGCAUCUAGAUGUGAAGAAUCCAGUUGCAGUGGAAUUGAAAUUGGUGCAGUAGGAGAUGAACAGGAAGAAGCAACAGAAGCAGAUAGCACAGAGAGUGAAGAUGAAACUGGUCAGCAUCAGCCAUCCACUUCUCAAGAAAGGCCAGCUCUAAGAAAAAGCUCCAAGGUCGAAAUUUCCUUUUCAGAAGAAGGGCCAAGAACAGAGGACUCCCAGGCAAUCAAGCAGAGGUUGGCUAUGCGACUCAGUGAAAGGAAAAGAGCUCCCAUUGAAUCACCAGAUGAGAGCCCAUCAUCUUCAUUGGGUCCGGGUAGUAAGGGCAGUACCGAAUCGGGUUACUUCUCUAGCUACGGCAGUGCUGAAUUAUCUCAAGUAAGCCCCCCAAACGCCAAUGUUAAAUCCUAUGCUGAAAUUAUAUUAGGAAAGUAUGGACGAUUAGGCCAGCAACAAAGACUUCCACACCAACAUUUUCAGACAUCAUCACCGUCAUCAUCUUUGGGACAUGAGGAAAAAUCCAUCCACUUCAGCGUGCCUAAGACACAACUCAUUGAACAUAUUACGAAAUUAAUAACUAUAAAUGAAGCUGUAGUUGACACGAGUGAAAUUGACAGUGUCAAACCUAGACGUUCUUCCCUUUCUAGGAGAAGCAGUGUUGAAUCUGCUAAAUUUUCUUCACCAAAAGAUCCAAAGGAAGAUUUCCCUGGCACUAGUGGCACUACCGGGCAAAUUCUUGACAUACAGCAUUCUCGGUUAUGUGAAGGCACACUUUCUACCUAUUGUCCCAGUGGUGUUCUAUUAAGAAGCCAGUCAGUUCCAUCCACUAGUGGCAAAGAUGAUUCACCGAGCUCAUCUUCGCACAGCUUUCGUCUCAGCCAGUCUUUUGAUGAGCAGCAGGCUGCAUCAGCGGAGCUGAGGGUUGGCCACCAUCAUCGAAUGUUAAAACGCCAGCCUGCCAUUGAAAUGCCAGUUGGAGCUGACCUUGGAGCAGAAGCUGGCUCCUCAGUUUCCACAGAAUCAGGAUGGAAGCAACAAAAGGGAGUUUAUGAGUGUGAGGUAUGCGGAACUCAAUUGAGAAAACAGGACAAUUAUGAAGCACACAGAGUUUCUUGUAUGAAUAAAGCUUCACAGGAACACCAGAGUGAGAAGAAGGUGCCUGCUGAACAAGAAGAUCAUCGACAAAUAAUGCACUAUAAGUUUAAAGCAAUGGCUAUGGCUAUACGAAAGAGGAGGAAAGAAGAAAGUCUAGAGGAAGACCCCCCUAGCCCAGGUCCAGCAGCUAUAUCCUUUAGCAGCCAUCUUGCCACAUCAGCAAUAGGGAGUAAAGAUGAUUUUCAGGGUUUGCCAGGCACUGUACCACAAACUGAACCAGAAAAAAUCGGCCCUUACAAAGAAAUAUCAGUAAUCCAACACACUAGUUCCUUCGAAAAGCAAGAAAGCAUGUCUAUAGAAAUCCCAGAGCCUGAGCUUGAACAUAAAGAAUCACAGGAGCCCAAGCAGCCCUCCACAUCCAGGUUAGUUCGGCAGCCCAAGAUUCAAGUGCCAGAGAUCUUUGUGACAAAAGAACCAGAUACUGAGAUGCUUUCACCACCAGCAAGUUCCUAUAUCCCGAAAGAAUUAGAGAAGGAGGAGUUCCAGUGGCCUCAGCGAAGUCAAAGUCUGGCUCAGCUCCCUGCAGAAAAGCUGCCACCGAAAAAGAAACGUCUCCGUUUGGCAGAGGCACCACAGUCAUCAGGAGAAUCUAGCUUUGAAUCACUAUCCCUACCACGCAGUCCAAGCCAAGAGAGCAAUGUUUCUCACACCUCUAGUCGAUCUACAUCUUUUGAUGAAACAGGAAAGGUUGAACCUGAAACGCAGGCUGGUCAAUGGAGCUCCCAAGGGUCCCACAUGCUCACCGUACCAGGUGCAUACCAACAUCAUCACAGGGAAAUGCAUCGCUCUGCCUCUGAGCAGGCUCCUGCAAGUCCACCACACCCCGCCCAGAUAGUAGAGACAAGGAGCAAGUCAUUUGACUGUGGGUCCUUGUCUCUAAGACCAGCUUCUUCUUCUUGGAAAGAGAGGCGAAAAUGUCUCUUAGUGAAACAUGCAACUCUUGAGAAACAGGAUCAGGAAGAAUCAUCAUCUACCAUCCAUCAUUCCUUUCCUGGCCAUUCUGCCCUUACAGUUGGUGAGCUCAGAGCAAGCAGUACUUCUAGACUUAGCCCAGAAUCUUUGGGCAAAACUCUGCAGCUCUUUCAAACUCCUCUUCCGACUACAGUUUACCCUUACACUAGUCCAGAAACCUUCUCCUCACAACAGAUAACUGGACUUCAACCCGUCAGAACUAUAUCGGAGGUCCUAUCUAGUCAUAUGCUUCAGCAGGCUCUCAUACAAUCAGUGCCAUCUUCAUUUUAUCCAAGACAGCUUAAUUUAGCUGAGCACCUUGGCCUUCCUGUUCAGCCUUUUCCUAAUUUGCUUUCACUACAGUACCCAACAAGUAGUCUAAUAAUUCAGGAUCCCAUGGCUUCACCUAUUGGCAGAUCUAGUUCUCCUCCUUCCUCUACCCAUAAAAGAGGCUCACCAUUUCAGCAUCUUGUCGCUCGGCAUCAGCCUCGUCCCAUCAUUGCUACUUGCCUUGAGCAGCUUACACCAGUGGUGUCACUGGUGGUGCCUGUGCGCCUACAGACUCACAUUCCUACUUACGCUAGUGCCAUGUACACAACCAUUUCCCAAAUUUUAGCCACAACACGGUCUCAGCAACCAAUUUGCUGUACAGCCAUGGUCAUCAUGGAGAAGCUUGAGUGCACUAAGCUUCAGAGAUCUUUCCUUGGGCUUCCUAGUCCUACUCUGAAGACCUGCAUUCCUUUAUCCCUUCCUUUAGAAUUUCAAACAGAAGCUGCAUCUGGUGAUGGUUGUUGGCCACUUUGUGCUGGCGGAAGUAAGCGUAUGCUUUCCCCUGCAGGUAGUUUAGAACUCAGCUUAGAGGCACAACGGCAACAGAAACGAAUCAAGGAGGAAGAGGAAGUAGAAGAAAGUGGAGAAGAAUGUAAAACUCGUGGGAAAUUUCCAGAGGACCACCAAGGAACAAACAAGAAGGGGCAAAGGGACAGAAAAGGAGUAGAGGUAGCUGUAGAAAUAGAGCAAGAGCAGGAAGAAAAGAAAACCGACUUUGACGGGAAUAAGCCAGAGAUUUCCCAGGUGGAAACUGGACUUAAAAAAGAGGAAAUGCAGGAGGAGGGCCACCGAUGUGUAUCAGUGGUUGAGAUUCCAGAGAGAUCUACAGGUUAUACUGACCCCUUAUACCCCAGUCUCCACACUAGUACAUCAGUGAGCUGGUGCUACCUGAAUUAUACUAAGCCUAACCCAUCUCCCCACACAAAUCCACAGACGUCUGUGUAUUCCUCUUGGAGUGUUAGCAUGUACAACCCCAAUCUUCCUGGUCUGUCCACAAAAAUAGUAUUGUCACUGUUGUGUUCUAAGCAAAUGUACAGUUCUGGGGUAUACACUAUCGCUUCAACAACAUCUCCGACAACUGACAAGCUGGUUGACAAAAAAACACCCAGGGUAUCAGAGGUACAUGCCAAAUCAUUGAGCACUCCUGCCAAAGAGAAAGACGAGCCUCUAAAUAAGAGGGUGGAACAAGACGUGAGAAGUAAAGAGGGAACCGCUUCCACCUCGAAGCACAGUGAGCCACUACGUGUUUGCAUCUUUGAGGGAGGGUAUAAGUCUAAUGAAGAGUAUGUAUAUGUAAGAGGAAGAGGGAGAGGGAAGUAUGUAUGUGGUGAGUGUGGGAUUCGCUGUAAAAAGCCCAGCAUGCUGAAGAAACACAUCCGCACUCACACAGAUAUUCGUCCCUACGUCUGUAAGCACUGCAACUUUGCCUUCAAAACUAAAGGGAACCUCACGAAACACAUGAAAUCGAAGGCACAUGGUAAGAAAUGCCUGGAGAAGGGUGUGUCCGAAUCAUCUGUAGAUGAGCUGGAGACUGAAGAACCAGGGACCAGUGAGGGGCAAGUCUAUGAGUCAGAGGAUCAGGAAGAGCACCAGUUCUCGGACAUUGAAGACUCGGAAGAUGAGGAUGAUGAAGAAAACGAGGAGGAAGAGGAUGAGUCCUCCCAUGAAGACGCUCCUUCAUCCUGCUCUACAGAUACCCACCAGUCAGACAGUGGUCCAGGCUCACUGACAGGUCCCACAAGCCUUUCUGUUUCAGAGAGAGAAGAAAGAGAAAAGCAGCUCUCUCCUGUCCAACCAUGGACAGGAGAAAGCAAACGAGCACUGUUCUCCUCUAAAGCCUGGGAGCAUUCUCCUCUAGCCUUCUCUUCCGCUAGUGAAGGAUCUCCUCUCCGCAGUGUCUCCCCCAGACUGGAACUGUCGUCUCCCUGUCGACAUCUGUCCCCAUCCCCUGAAAGAGGCCCGUCUCCUCUCACAGCGUCCCCACUCAGGUCGUUCUCUCCACUGCGGCCUCUUUCUCCUGCUCGCUACAGGAGCUCCAGAGCCCAAAUCUCUCCAACACCAUUCAGAACUCAACAUAGAGCCCACAGUUCUCCUGGGCACUUCCACUGGGAACCAAGCAACAAGCCCAGAGAGAGCCAGCAGCAGCAGGAGAGGCCUAGUACACCUAGUAAUGCGCAGGCGUCACAGAGGUUGAGCUCUCCACAUACCAGCCUGGUGCCCUCUGCCCUACAAUUCACUCAAACUGAGCCUCCUACCCACGUACCAAUCCCCUCAAGAACUAUUGACCGCAUGUUCAGCCACCUCCCCUUACACUCACAGCAACAGGCCCGCAUGCCUUACCAUAUGAUCCCAAUUGGAGGAAUCCAGAUGGUGCAGCUUAGGCCCAGAUCCUGCCCCAAACUGGAGCGCGCUUCCUCUUCUACCCAAUCCCCCAGCUCUCCCAAAGAGGAGUUUACGUUCUCCCAAAGCAAGAGCUCAUGGAGCACGUUAUGGAACUUGCAAUCUGAAACAAGUCAGAGUGUUAGCGGGACACAGAUCCUGGAGCGGGAAACCAGGCAAUUAGGGUUACACUGUCCUGUGAUGAGCUUUACGACAGCCAAAUCCUCUCCAACAUAUGACUCUGGCAAGGAUAACACGAAAGACCGCAAACAAUAUGGCAGCUCAUGGCCCUCUAAGACUCGUACCUCUGUUCCCAAGACAUCUCAAGAAGGGGGCCAAGAUACCAUUGAAGGGGACAAGAGGAGCUCUGAUGUCUCUGAGAAGGAAUCCAUGGCCUCCUUACACAGAAAAGGUGAACAAUCAGAGCCAGAGGUGCCUAAAGACGGCCAGUCAUUAAAUGACCCAACUACAGAAGAGAAAUCUGUCUACUCUGUACAGAGCCAGAAUAGCACCCCAGACAGCACUUAAUAGCCUUUGGGCUUAAUCUCAAAAUCAACUGAUUUAUUAUUAUUCUUUUUGUUUUGUAAUGCUACAUUUUUUAUACAACUUUUCAAUACUGUUGGUAUCUUGGUAAAUGUUUGUUUUUGCAAUAUUCAAGAUGAAAUACGAUGCACUUUUUCUGUUGGACAAAAAAAUGUUUCUGUAAAAUCGA